GUUCGAGAACUACUUGAUUUGUACCCAACAUGGCCAUUUGCUUUACCGUGAAGCGGAUACGUUAAUCUGGACGAUAGUUUUCUACUAGAUCUGGCUGAAUUGAAACGGUGGAUUUCCCACAAACUGGAGCAUUGAUUAAGCAAGAUGUUGUUGGUAAUAAUUAAUUCCUCGUGAGACAACAUGAUAAGUCUUCUGGUACGUGCAGUCCUGUUGCUUCUCUGCGUACAGAGCGGUUUGGAACAAGUCAUACUGAUUCCCGAGAAAUGUGUGACAUCAUCCCGGAAAACUGAAUUAUAACGGUGGAUUUCCCCCAAGCUAGAGCAUUGAUUAAGCAAGAUGUUGUUGGCAAUAAUUAAUUCCUCCUGAUACAGCAUGUUAAGUCUUCUGGUACCUGCAGUCCUGUUGCUUCUCUGCUUACAGAACGGAGUGACUUUUACCUGUACAGACUAUACAGACUUAUGUUCGCACAGUGCCUGUUAUGAUAGACAUCUUAUGUACUGCAUGAAGACGUGUCGUAUUUGUACAGACACUGACUGUGUAGAAGGAUACUUCAGAACUCAGAACCCACACGAACCCUGUCGUCCGUGUGAGGAAGCAACAGUAGAAGACAAAACCAAAGGGAUAUUUGAAAACUAUUGUCCACAAUGUCAAACUAAUGGGAGACAUGGUCAAGAUUGUAAACAUAACUGCAGUGAAGGAUGCGUACAAAAGAAAUGUGAUCGUUGGACUGGUGUCUGUGAGAGGUGUAAAACUGGCUAUUAUGGAAGUAAAUGUUUCAAAUGUGGACACUGUGAUGUCUGUGAUGAACAAGGUGUCUGCAGUGGUAGCUGUCAUCAAGGGUGGUUUGGAAUCUUUUGUAAGGACAAUUGUUAUGUGAAAUGCAACAAAUGUGACAGGUCUACUGGACAAUGCUAUCAAUGUGCAGUAGGUUAUUCUGGUACUUACUGCACUGAACCCUGUCCCACAACAUGUAGGAUUAUAUCUUGUCAACAAGAUGGCACGUGUCCUGAAGGUUGUAAGGAUGGUUUCUAUGGAGACAAGUGCUCAAAAACCUGCAGCACCAACUGUUUAAACAAACGUUGUCACCAAGGUAACGGAUCGUGUGCAGAUGGUUAUCUUCUGCGUUACCUUGGCGAAAAGUUUGACAUUACGUGUCAUGGAAUGUGUCUUGGCAACUCCUGUGACAGUCCUAUGGGUAAAUGUAAAGAGGGUUGCAGCAAGUCCGAUGUGUACGGUCCUUUCUGUAACUAUACUUGUAAUGGUAACUGCGAGUCUGUGCGAUGUCAGAGUGAUGAGUCUGGUAAUGUUCUGUGUAGUGCUGUGUGCAUCCGUGGUAAAAUGGGAGACCACUGUACAGAGGACUGUCCUGCGUAUUGUCACGGAUCAUGCGAUCAAACAUCUGGUAGGUGUUUAAAAUUAUGUAGGUCUAGAAACGACUGCUCUGAAAGGUGCCCUGUUAACUGUCUCACGGACAACUGUCUCCAGGACAACGGCACCUGUACACAUGGUUGCAAACCUUCUUUCUAUGGAGCCCCGUGUUCUAAGCUCUGCAGUAAUAACUGUAGGAAAUCAAAUUGUCAUAUGGAUCCAGGACUAACCUGCGUGGAUGGAUGUGUUGGUGGGUGGAGAGGAAACUACUGUGAACAGAAGUGUCAAGACAUUUGUUCUGUUUGUGACCAAAACUCUGGAAGAUGUAGUGGGUGCCUGGAGGGGCUGUAUGGGGAUAACUGCGAUAGUCUUUGUGCUGACGGGUGCCCUGUGUGUAAUCAGGUCUCUGGAACAUGUAUGGCGCCCCGAGAUGAAGAUCAAAGAAAAAACAUUGAUGGAAUGUACAUGAACAUCACGAAACCUAACUUUGUGCUCCUGUCUUUGAUCGUGUUAGUCAUCAUUAUGAUUCUUCUUGAGGUUAUUGUGCACGUGAUACGCAGGCGGCCGAUAUCCGAAAAAUUAUCUUCUGGAUCACAUUCAUUGACAACCAUACACUCGAGUUCUCACAGUUAUGACACGAUUGACGAUAGUAGGUCAGCAACGGAUUACCAAACAAUUCCGAUGAGCACUGAGAGCUCCAUGGCAUCACUACAGAUACCACCUCUAGCGGAAGUAUUUGAUGACGUUGAGGAACGUCAGUGGCUCAAAUGUAAUAGUCACGCAACAGAUGGCAGUGAGAGAUCUACGUCAUCGCUUUAUUUAUUUAUUCAACCUGACGAACCUCUAUAGGGAUUAAGGGGAAAUCUUACUAUCGCACGCAGCGCCACUAUAUUAAGCAGCUGUAGACGCGUAAACUGGCAGCGCGACAGUGGCGUGACAUCAGGAUAGGUUUAGCACUGAAACAUGCAGUGACGUAACACAGUACCGUCUGUCUAUAUCGGCUAAUAACCAUAGUCUGUUUUUUGUUUUCACAACAUGUUUUCAUAUAUAAUUUGUGUUUGUGUCAACAUAGAGUUUUACCAGAAAGAGAGAGAGAGAUAAAAGUCUAUUAUGCUCAGUGAAAUUAAAUAGAGGAUACUCCCCGAGUGUCAUUAUUUAUCAGCACUCGUUGAUAAAAGUAUGAAAUCCGAAGCUUGCCGAGAAUUUUUAUACUUUUAUCAACGAGUGCUAAUAAGUUAUGAUAAACAUGACACGAGGGGGUGGGGGUAUUCUUGUUAUCAUCCGUUAUCAUUCUUUUUAUCGUUCAUUAUGAAUUUUUUUUCA